GGCUCCCAGCACCCUUGGGAAGAGCCUGAGCUAAGAAGGUUCCGCUUGAUGCUCAGAAACCAGUUCCCAAUCUCUCCAGGGCGUGAUGGGCACGUGGGAGAGAGGUCAUGGUCUAAAGCCCAACAGCCCUCACCCCUCCACUCUUACCCCUGUGCACCCCCACUCCCACCUCAUGACCUUGGUCAUAUCAGCCUCUUCUGCUGACCCUCAAACUGUCAAGAAGCAACAAGUGGUCCGGAAGGGGACCUUAGAUGUCCCACAAUUGCCACCAAGACCUCCAAGAGGAACAUACAAUCCAAGUAAAAGAAACUAGACUAUUACACCAAUGCAUUGCUUUUCCCCACCAUUUUGCCAGGCAGAAGCUUGGCUGUUAAAGACCCCAACCUUCUUCUGUCUGAGUCCUUUUCACGGGGGCAAGAGAUUGAAGAAGGCCCCCUCCCCUGAUGUGAGGAGCCGAAUUCCAUGCUCCCUCUGGCUACCUGAGGCUGCUGUGGCCUUGGGGACCUCAGGGAGCUCCCUGCCAUUAGUGGCUGGGAAGAAGGGGUGGUAACUGUCUCUUUAAGAGCAGGAAUGGGGUGAGAGAGCCCCUGAGCUUUAGGGAGUCCGACUUGUUCUCUACCUGCCCAGGUUUGCCUAGGGCGUGGCAGCUGCAAAUAAAGGCAGGACACAGGCUUAGCAGUCUCAUUCUCUCCCUUCUCUCCCGGAACUUUCCAAGCGGCCUGGGGAGCCACACAGGCCAGCUGGCUGACAUGCAAGAGGUGACACUGAGCCUGUUCAUCCUCCUGGCAGCAGGCCUGCCUGCCUUGGACGCCAACGACCCAGAAGAUAAAAACAGUCCUUUCUACUAUGACUGGCGCAGACUCCGGAUCGGCGGGCUCGUCUGCGCCGCGGUUCUGUGCACCAUCGGCAUCAUCGUCCUCAUGACCACCAUCCAGGGGACGCCCCACCUCUCAUCACCACAGGCUCUGCCCAGAACUGUUGAGGACGGAUCAGCCGAAAGGACACAGAGGUCCCUUCUCUUCCUCCAAGGAGCUCUGCACAGGAGUCCGGAUUCCAGGAUGGAAUUCUCCCUCCUCCCCUCAGAGCACCUUGCCAGGGCCUCACUUUACCUCUCACUGGAGGGGUCUUUUUGUUCAAUUUUUUUUUUUUUUCUAAACAUGGAUCUUGCCUCCUUAUUCUUCUUCUAAAAACUGAUUGCCUCAAGACUCCCUAUGUGUACAUCAGGGUGGGCUUUUGAGGACUAGAAGGUGGAUACACACUGGCAGCUGACACAGAAGCCGGCAGCUGAAUCUCUGUUGGGAAAAGCCCCAGGCCUGCUGGGUGGCCUGAGGUCCGCCCUCUGCCUCCAAGGCUAGGGGGACCACAAGUGCAAUUUUUAAAAUUUUCUAGUAGCCAAAUGGCGGACACUUCGGGGAGUGAAAGAGAGCUCUAACCAGAUGGAAUGCCGGGACAUUCGAGGGGACACUGAGACCAUCCCAGGGAAGCAAGGACGUGGAUCUUCCUACCAUGAUAUGAGUAGUCAGAUAGAUUAUGAUUUCAGUAGUCAGACCCCAUGACUCUCCCACUUACCCCGAGACCCCACUUUAUUAUAGAAAACCCUUCCUAAUACCCAACUGUCCUUGUGAGACCUUCAAAUAAUUCCACAGGACACUCCUAAUUAUAUAGAGUGGCCACAUGGUGUGAGAACCUCUAAGGAGCCUCAAACUCCAUUGAGACUCCCCAGUACCCUGUAAGAUCUCCAAAAUGCCCCCAAGGGCCACCCCGUAAAAUGCCUAAAACCCUUUAAUUAAAGCACCCAAAACUAUCUCCUACAAUGCCCUGAGACAUGACCCCAAGAAGAGACCCAUAAUAAACCAGCGACUUGUCCCCUAAUAAUGCCUUUAUAUCCCUCGAACAUCCCAUGAGCCGCCCCCCGCCACCCGCCGCCAAUCC